AUGAGGGUCCCAGCGACCGAGGAAGUCGAACACAGUACCCACUUGCCGUCUAAUCGUCGGGCGGACAGGCACGUGACAUACCCUGUACUGUCGGACCGGUACCUGGAUAAUUUCCACCGGGAACGAAAUAUUCCGGGUCAUAGGCAUCGUAUUCCUCUCCAAUACGUACCGUCGGCCUCGAUGGGACAACACCAUAUCUCUGUGUACCAUCCAUGGUUACCAGUGCAGGACGUUCGAGGGAAGACCCAUCACCGUUCCUGGCAUUCCACUCACCACCCGUUGCCAUAUCGCCAUCGUGCAUUUUCCGAUCUCGUACCUUACGUCUCCGCCUACCGCCCACAGUGGAUUGAAGGGCACGAACUUUGGCCUCUGCUUCGCGACGUACACGUUCCAACUCGGCUUCUCGUUGUUUCGCCUGACGAGCAGACCGACUCUGGUAGACUACAAGGUCGAAUCGACAGUGAAAAGGUUUGGUGGGAAUAUUGGUUUAGCAAUGUUGAGGUACGCCAGAUGGUACUGGGAAGAAAGAAGUCUUGCGUGAUGGGUGAAUCACCCACGCUUUAUAGAUAUGUGCUCCACAUGCCAGAAGACCGUUUCGCUCGCAUGGCUCUCGCGUAG